AUGCGGGUGAUGAUGACGACGAUGGUGCUAAUGACGAUGAAGGCCAUCUUCGCCGCAUCUUACACGGCCGCUGUGACGGCUCUCGACGACAGCCUCUACAACAUCCGCUUCAAUAAAACCUCCGUAUCACUUGUCCUACAUCGCACAAUGGCCCUUCUAGAACGCCAGCGUCUAUCACUCCACUACAUGGUGGUUGACGCACUCGAAGCUCCCGAUGCAACCUUCCUCCGAGACCUCAGAAAAGUCGUCGACCGCAUAUGCCUCAACGCCACCUAUCUCUUGUCGUGGGCAGGGAAACCCCCGAAAAGACCCGUGGCGACUGCCAGUCAUGACCUGGCCAACCUAGAUCUCGACAUGUCACUUGCGUGCCAGCUGCUGGGCUGCCGCAUCUCCGAUGUGGCCCUUUUGUGGUCACCCCUCGGCGAUACUGAGUCUGACUGGCGCCCCAAUCGCCUGCGCUUGACUGCCAAGCUGCUGAGCACGGCAUACGACGCCUCUUCGUUUCUCUACGCCUACCGAAAAGCUCUCUCCAGCGGCGAAACCUCUUAG